AUGGAGGAUUACCUGAAGCAGCGUGAGCAACUCAUCACGGAAGACAGAGCUCAACGAGUGGACUCUGCUAGGAUGCAGUCUUUGACGCACAUCGAACAGAAAGCUGAAAGCAUUGUUCGCGCCAUCCGUGCUGCUGAGGCUGUGUCGGUCUGGGGCGUUAAUGGUACCACGAUCUUUGACUAUCUACCCGACGACAAAUCUCCCAAUGUCUUCCCGGGAAUGGCGUUCUUGACAGCUCGGAAUAUCGCUGUGCACACGCAGCUAUUCCAAAUAUUGAGCAGGAUGCCAAAGGGCGCCCUGCUUCAUGCCCAUCUUGAUGCUACUGUCAAGGCGCGUGUUCUGCUUAAGCUGGCUCUCGAGCAGCCCGCAAUGCACGUUCGGGCUGCGAACCGAAUCACUCCGAAUAACUUGAGGGCAACGUUGCCCGAGUUCAAAGCGCUGCCUCAGGAUCAGUGGACCAGCCUGGCUUCUUUGACGGAAGACUCGUAUGUACCCAAUGAAUACGUGCCAUUGCAUAAAGCUCGCCAGAACUUCGAUCAGAGUCUCGGCGGUCCAGAAGCAUUUGACGAUUGGGUCGUGAGCGCUUUGGAAAUUAACCCGUCAGAGGCGUAUGGCACACACAAUACCACUGCCAAGAUAUGGGCCAAAUUUACCAGUACUUUCAUGGUCUCCGGGAAUUUGUGCCACUUUCUUCCGCUUUGGCGGAAGUACGUGCGAGAAUUUUUGCUGUCCUCUGUCGAUGAUGGCAUUUCCUAUGUCGAGCCACGGAUCAAUUUCUGGUACAAGUACAUGACUGGCGCGGAUGGCCAAGAAAAUGUUACGCAUAGAGAAUGUCUGGUCGCGUUUGACGAGGUUCUCAAUGAGGUUAAGGCAGAGCUCAAACGUCAAGGUCGAGAGGAUGAGUUUGUAGGUGCAAAGAUCAUCUAUACCACCUUGCGUAUGGACCAAGGCGACAACGUCGAGUGGUACCUGGAAGAUUGCCUCGCUCUCAAGAAGGAGUUUCCACAUUUAAUUGCGGGCUUCGACCUUGUUGGGCACGAAGACUCCCUGAAGCCUCUGACCGACUACAUUGAACCGCUCACCAAGUUCAAAGCACGUCAGAAGGAGCUCGGACUCGACAUCCCGCUCCUUCUUCACGCCGGAGAAACGCUCGGAGAUGGCUCUGCCGCCGACAUGAAUCUAUAUGAUGCCAUUCUUCUUGGUACGAAGCGGAUCGGACACGGAUAUUCCCUCGUCAAACACCCGAAGUUGAUGGAGAUCUGCAAGGAGAAGACGAUUGCCUUGGAGGUCUGCCCUAUAUCCAACGAGGUGUUGCGUUUAACAACUUCUAUGCCGAUGCAUCCGCUUCCGAUCAUGAUCAACCAUGGUCUUCCUGUCGCGCUGAGCUCUGAUGAUCCCUCUGCAUGGGGAAGCACGGGGUUGACGUACGACUUUUAUCAGGUUUUAGUAUCGACAGAAGUCUCGGGAUUAAUUACCAUGGGCGAGCUCGCUCGGGACAGUAUCAAGUAUUCUUGCCUUGAAGAUGCAGAAAAGGAACGUGCUCUGGCACUGUAUGAGAAGCAGUGGCUGAAGUUCACGGAGUGGGUCGUGCACGAAUACUCCGCUGCCAGCGCAGACGGGACUCGGAAGAUGCCUAACUAG